AGCCAUGAACUUCUUGCUCUGCCUCGCCGUUGUCGUGCUGGUCGUCUCCGCUCAGCGGCUGCCCGCCAGAGAAGACUUGGAGGCCGCAUGCGGAGACUUCCUCGGAGACGGAUGUCUAUCCCGCGUGCGUCGCUGCCGCAACAUCCGCCGCAGCUCCGUAGAUGUGGAAUCCAAUAGGGACAUCGUCUUGGCAUGCGCCCGCGAGAACAACAUCAGGCCUCUCGACAUCAUGGCCGCCUUAAGGACUUCGGAAGGAAGGGAACAGAUCUUCGACAAACUCGAUGCGUCCCGGCAAACCAUCGACAACAUGCGCCUCUGCGUCCUGCGUUCCAAGGGACUGGCAGACGAAAAUGGCAACAUAAACGGUGAACUGAUGAGCACACAGAUCGAAGACAAACUGCGCGCCAAUUUGGAAGGCUCUCCCGACGUCUUGGAUGUCAUGUUGAAUGCACUUGCAAACUGCACUCUUCCAGUCACUGUCUCGGAUGUUCCCGACUUCCGCAAGUGCCUGGCAGUCGACUGCAUCCAGAACUUGCCAUCCGGGAACUAGGCGCCAAGGUCCCCGACUGAGCAACAGGAGGCCUCGUCGCCUCUGGACACCCUUCCGUUUACUUUCUCCCUUUCUUUAUCGGGUGCUUUCAACUUACUGUUUUCUUUCGUUAUUUGAGUUUGGGUAUCUUUCGUUUUGGCACUUUUGAAAAUAAA